UGUCUGUCUCCUACAUUACACUAUUUGCACGCUUCUCACUCUCUCUCUCUCUCUCUCUCUCUCUCUCUCUCUCUCAACAUUUCAAAUUUCAAACAUUCAAAACCAAACCCUUCUACUUUCCUUACAUCAUCAUCAUCAUCAUCAUCAAACUCAAAAAUCCACUACCCUUUCUUACAUUCUCCAUAACUACCUUAAUCUGCAGUUGCUAUGUUCUUCAUUUUCUGUGUCUCCAUUCAAAACCUAAACCCUCAUUCCUAAGAAAACUGAGCUUUCAUUCAAAAUGAAGGAAGAUAAUAACCCAUUAGAGAACAGGUCCAAACCUUCAAGAUUUUCUGAUCAAAACCAACCCCCACAACCAAAGCUUCAAUCCUCCAAAGGUAGCAGCAACAUGACCAACAACAAUCACUCAAAACCUAGGUUGUGGGGUGCCCACAUUGUCAAAGGCUUCUCAGCUGAUAAGAAGACCAAAAAUCCUCAGCAAUCAACGGUUCCAACCAAGAAACAGACCCUGACAACAACGAUUUCAGAUGUUGUUGUUACAACCCAGAAGAAUAACAACCCUUUUGUCCCUGCUCAUUCCAGAGUCAAGAGGUCCCUCAUAGGUGAUUUAUCAUGCUCCCUGAAUUCCCAGGUUCACCCUCAUGCGUUCCCUUCGCAUAGGAGGCAAUCCUCUACUGAUUUGUUCACUGAGCUUGAUCAUAUGAGAAGCUUGCUGCAAGAAUCGAAGGAGAGGGAGGGUAAGCUGAAUGCUGAGCUGGUGGAGUGUAAGGGGAAGCAGAGUGAGGUUGAUGAGCUUGUGAAGAAGGUUGCUUUGUUGGAAGAAGAGAAGACUAGUCUCAAUGAGCAAUUGGGUUCUUUGAAGAGUGUGUUGGAGAGAAAAGAGGAAGGGGUGAAAGGGGAACGCAGGGAUUUUUGUUCUGUGCAGAAUCUUGAGCUGGAGGUUGUGGAAUUGAGGAGGCUGAAUAAGGAGCUGCAGAUGCAGAAGAGGAACCUCACUUGCAGGCUCUCUUCUCUUGAAGCUCAGUUGCCUUGUCCUGCCAACUCUUCAGAGAGUGACAUUGUUGCAAAAAUUAAAGCGGAGGCAUCAUUGCUCAGGCACACUAAUGAAGACCUGUCUAAGCAAGUAGAAGGUUUACAAACAAGCAGAUUGAAUGAGGUUGAGGAGCUUGCCUACUUGAGGUGGGUGAAUUCAUGUCUGAGAAACGAGUUGAAGAAUACAUGUUCAGCAUUGGAGUCUGAUAAGCCAUCUAGCCCUCAAUCUGUUAUGAGCAAUAGUGGAGAUGAUUGUGUCAGUUCUUUCUCUGAUCAAACCAAUAGGUACUCAAAAUGUAGUAUUAGUACAAGUAGGUUCAGUUUGAUAAAGAAGCCGAAAAAGUGGCCUAUAACUAGUGACCAUUUGUCGCAAUUAGAGUGUCCAGAUAGUCUCAUUGAGAAAAAUUGGAUUGAACCUGAGGUAAUGGGUAGAAGCCCCAGUAGAAGACACUCUAUCAGUGGAUCCAAUUGCUCAGAGGAAGAGAUUCUCCUCAAUAAGAGAAGACAAUCUGAUAUUUUUGUAUGUUCAAAAGAAAUGGAAAAGGAUUCAGUGCCAUUAUCUGUUCAAUCUGGUUUGGAGAUUAUCCAAAGACCACAAUGUUUUGGCAACUUCCAAGAAGCUAACAAGCUUUUAGCUUCUUCAGAUGUUGAGAAGAGGGCCCUACGCGUGCCGAAUCCCCCUCCAAGGCCUUCUUCAUGUUCAAUUUCUAACAUAACAAAGCAGGAAAGUUCAGCUCAAGUUCCUCCUCCCCCACCGCCACCUCCCCCACCACCUCCUUUGAAUUUUGCAUCAAGAAGUAACUCAGCGAUGGUAAAACGAGCCCCACAAGUGGUGGAAUUGUACCAUUCACUAAUGAAGAGAGAUUCAAGGAAGGACUCUUCAAAUGGAGGACUCUCUGAUGCACCAGAUGUUGCAAAUGUUCGUAGUAGCAUGAUUGGAGAAAUCGAGAACCGUUCAUCACAUUUGCUUGCUAUAAAGGCAGAUAUUGAGACUCAGGGAGAAUUUGUGAACUCAUUGAUUAAAGAGGUGAAAAAUGCUGUUUAUCAGAACAUAGAAGAUGUAGUGGCAUUUGUGAAGUGGCUAGAUGAUGAACUCUGCUUCCUUGUGGAUGAGAGGGCUGUCCUUAAGCAUUUUGAGUGGCCUGAGAAAAAAGCUGACACAUUAAGGGAAGCAGCAUUUGGGUAUCAAGAUUUGAAGAAAUUGGAAUCUGAAGUUUCCUCUUACAAGGAUGAUCCCCGGAUACCUUGUGACAUUGCUCUAAAGAAAAUGGUUGCAUUAUCAGAAAAGUUGGAGCGUACAGUUUAUAACCUUCUUCGCACAAGAGAGUCAUUAAUGCGUAAUUGCAAGGACUUUCAAAUUCCAAUUGAAUGGAUGCUUGAUAAUGGAAUCAUUGGCAAGAUAAAAAUUGGCUCAGUUAAAUUGGCCAAAAACUAUAUGAAAAGGGUAGCUAUGGAGCUUCAAGCAAAGUCAGCAUUGGAUAAAGAUCCUGCAAUGGAUUACAUGCUUCUCCAAGGUGUGAGAUUUGCUUUUAGAAUCCAUCAGUUUGCAGGAGGUUUUGAUGCGGAAACAAUGCACGCAUUUGAGGAGCUUCGCAAUCUUGCUUCUCUACUUAACAAAACAUAAGAGAAUGGUGAUGGGUUUCUCAGCUUACCAUCUCAGUAAGCCAUAACUAGUUAACCUCUGCAUAGUUGCAAUCUGGACUAGUUGUGUGUUUAGUCUAUGAUUGCGUUACAUGAGAAAUAGAAAAGAUUGUUAUUUAUAACCA